CAGACAAAAAUUAAUCGUCUGAUAAAAAGUGUCACUAAAUUUUGCUGUAGUUAUUUUCUGACAACACUUGAAAAUGUUUCGUACGAAAGUAAAUGAAGACAUUAGAAUAAUUAGAGAAGAAGGGCCAACAAGAUGUUUAAGAAAUUUACAUCAGUAUGUGGAAAAUGUGACCUAUUGUGAUACCCAACGCUUCAGUUACGACGAGAAAGGAAACAUAGGAUUAAAAUGUGGAUCAGAAAAAGAAGAACCAAACACUGUGCUUGGCUGCGUUUGGGGCAUGAUUUCUUUACCUGCACAGGAGUCUGCCAUAUGUCGAGUAAAAGGAAAGUUUGAUUCUAAUCACUACAAAAAUAUUCUGAGGCAGUAUGUGCUUCCUUUGUGUUUGAGUGAACGUAUUGGCCUUGUGCACGACUGGUAUCCUGUCCAUCGCAGCAAAGCUGUUAAUGAGUUUUCGGGAGAGCACAAAAGUAGCAUUUUUGUUGUUGACUGGCCAAAGUCUUUUGGUGAUAUUAUGCCACUUGAGCAAUUGUGGCUGGAAAUGUCUCUCAAGUUUACUGAAGAGAACGUAAAGCUAGCUCUCUGGGCAGUUUGGAGAGAGAAAUCACCUCGAUGUGGUCAAAGGUUUGCACUGCCGAAUUUAUCAAGCAACUCUUCAAGCAAAUUCCCGUCAAACUUCAGCAGGUCGUCAACAAUCGUGGUUCACAAUACGUCGAUUAGUUUUUUUUUCAUUUCUGUAUUUCCACUUUCCAUUGAGGUAAAUGAAAACGUAGGCCACAUUAUGUAUCGUGAUUAUGGAACAUGUCGAUAAAGAUUGGAAUACAAAGAUCUCAUUUCUUCUUUGAAACAGAAA